AAACCACUGCGCCACCUGCAGUCCCUCUAAAGGUAGGCAUACACGAAUGCAAAAAUACAUAUGUCACAUACAUAAUGCACAAAACUGAAGCCUAUGCUUGGCCCCACAAGAGCAGCCUUUAAAGCCUGAAUAUUAACAACACUCCUUGUUCCAGAGAAGAAACUCUUUUUCCAGUUUUUCUAUAUAACCUCUGUUGCAUAUUUAAACAUUUUUAAAUAACUUUCCCCAAUCCUUAGCUCCUAUAGGGAAAACCUCUAUAGAACGUUCUUGUAUAUCAAGUAGCUAGCUACCUGAUAUUGUCAUGCCCUUAUUCUAAAUAUCCUUGUACCGCACAGCUUACAAACAUACCAAAUUUCUUAAAUGUUGCAAGUACUGGUGCUCCUCUUGUGCCUUGUGCUGACGAAACAACCACUGGGUCCCAAGUCUUGGAGAGCUGGUACUUAAUGCAAACAAUGGGAAGGACUGACUCCGCAGUGGGAAAUGCCCUGAAAAUUAUACUUCAAUACUAUGCUGACUACCAGUUUUGGAGAGCCUGUGGACAAGACACCCUCAGUACCUCCCCUCCCUCAUGAUGUGUGAACUGUAAUCUAAGCAAGGAUAUUAUGGCUGUUCCCUUGAAACCAGUUUUCUACACGUGCUAAAGGAGGAUUUUGUGUACAGUGCUCAAAACAGAUAUUGGAAAUAGAAAGCCAUUCAACAUGACAACAGAAACUCUGGUGAAGGAUAUUAAACCAGGCUUGAAAAACCUGAAUCUUAUAUUCAUUGUAUUGGAAACGGGUCGGGUGACCAAGACAAAAGAUGGUCAUGAGGUGAGGACAUGCAAAGUAGCUGACAAAACCGGCAGCAUAAACAUCUCGGUGUGGGAUGAUGUUGGGAACCUAAUCCAACCAGGAGAUAUCAUUCGACUCACCAAAGGGUAUGCAUCUGUUUUCAAAGGCUGCCUGACCCUAUAUACAGGACGUGGAGGAGACCUGCAGAAAGUUGGCGAGUUUUGCAUGGUUUAUUCAGAAGUGCCAAAUUUCAGUGAGCCAAAUCCAGAGUAUGUUGCCCAGCAGUCACAAAACAAAAAUAAUGAUAAUGCAGCUCCCACGGCCUCCCAGACUAUGCCUGGACCCUCUACAUCAUCAGCAGCCACCGACAACCAGAAUGGCAAUGGGUUGAUCACUUCUGGCUCUGGCAGCUCCACGCACCCACCUAGUGUCCCCUCUCACCCCACCAGUGGUCGCAUCACCAGGAGUCAGCCCAACCACCAGAGUGGGAGCUCAUCAGGGACUGGGUCGACUUCCAACCCAGUUAGCAAUGGCAAAGAGACACGGCGAAGCAGCAAGAGAUAACAGGUGCAGGACUAGGCAGUGCUUUUACACCUCUUCCCCUCACUGCCUGCUGUGUGACCUUUUGCCUUCUGCUAACCAACCCUGAGGCAGAGGGGCUGAUAUGGAGGGGAAGAGAUGGCUAUCAUGCCGGAGCAGAGACUAUGAAGCCAACUCAUGUUUAGCUACUGAAACAUACUUUAAAUAUGUGAUGCUGACUGGAUGAGGAUUAUGAUGCUUGUUGUCUUUAUACUGAUGUUCCAGGUCAAAGUUGCUCUUUUCAGGAUACCACAUAUUUCUCUCAAUCUUUGGAGGAAGUUAACAUGAUUGCCACACCAUCUUUUUGCCUCAUAGUGUUUCAUUCCUACCUUAACUUUCCAAGAUAAUAAGCUCCCAUGGUAUGGGCAUGUGUUCUUAAAUUUAGCUCCUGUUUGUAAUUCUAAAAUCUUUAAAACUAUUUACUGUGGACUCAUGGUAAAGUCACUGAAACUAAGCUGGACUUGAGUGGUUUUAGAAUUGUGGACUAAAAGGCGGGCUGUCAGCUUUCAUGGGGUGUCUUGUACAGAGGAGGUGUAGCUAGGCAGACAAAUAGAAUUUAUCCCACUUUUUCCCAAGCCAAACUAUCAGUCUGAGUUAUUAUUCCAGAAUUGGCUGAUAAAACGGCAUUAUUUUCCUAAAGAUAUUCUCCAUUUAUAUUAUAGCUUAUGGCAGGCUGUAGAUAGGUUUCUGUAGAUGUAAUGAUGAUACUAGAUUAGAAAUGCAGCAAAAUUGCCAAGAAAAGGAAGGUUCCUUUUAAAAGACCAGAUUUCAAUUCUUAUGAAAAGCCAUCAUUAUUAGUUUGGAUUAUUGUGCCGAUAUCUUGACGUAGAUCUGUGUUGUUAUUCUAGUAGGGCUCAGCAUGGGUGGUGGUAGAGGUUGGCAGGACAGGCCUUUUGUCAGCCAGUGCUGCUGCCUUGGUUCUCACCAGGAGCAUGGCCCAACUAGGUACAACAUUAUGCACCUUUAUCUCUGGACUGUUCAAGUCCUGUAUAAAAUCAAAAGGACAACCAGACUUUCCUGUGUCAUUACAGAAGUUGAACAAAGUAUUCUUAGUUCUUAUGCUCCAUUGCUUUCAGUGAAUAUGUCUUCCUAUACCGUCAAACUUGAAGGGGCCAAAGUUGACCAAGAGCUCACAAAAACCCAUAGAUGGUUUUAGACUCAAGUUAUCGGAAGGAACAGGAGGAGCAGUUUGCAUCACAUAAAAAGUUUUUAAAGGAGGACAGGGCAACAUUUUAACAUUAAAACAUUUGCCAAAGUUAAGGUUCUUGAAAAACAAUACAGUGUCAAAUCUUACUUUUUUUUGUAACUGUGGCUUAAUGGCCAUUGCCAAACUAUGUUUGAAAAUAUUUUGAAGUGCUGUACUAUCUAGCUAUUUGAAUCCUAACCUCUUUUAUUUUUUUGCAUCGGUUCUUUACUCUGCAACAAUUUGCUUGAAUUAUUUAACUGAAGUUUUCAUUUUCCUAAGAACAUCAUUGUUGUCUAAUCUUAUGUGGCUAUUUGAAUGUAACUAUUACAUGAAUGUUUGGGGAAGAAAUAUUUUAAUCCUCUUAUCUGUGAACAUUUCUGAUCAGAGUAAAUGUGCCAUUCCAAGGAAGUAUGGAUGCACCUGUUAAUGUUUGCUCACAAACUUAAGAUAACUGAAAUAAUUGUGUAAGUAACAAUACCUGAGUAAAUGUAUUUGCCUGA